CCGUGCUCAGGCAUGUAGCCGACUGUCAGCUGUUGCGCCGUACUGAUUUUCCGUGGCUUCACGCCGACUCGGCUUUGUGGCAAUUUAAUCGAAUAAGUGUGUCACGCGGCUCGUAACUCUGAUCGGCAUGAGUCGCAGUUUUGUCGGAGAGUUGCUAAUCUUCCUGUUGCUCAUUAUUGGCACCUUAGCUAGAGAAAAAUCAUCAAAUAUAUCAACUUUCAAUGAUGGAAGUAUAUUUCACAUGAAUCUAAGCGAUGUUCAGGCUACACCAUACAUGAAAGACAUAUCUAUUGCAGCCAGUAGCAAUGUAAUAUUUAAUAUAACAAACGUUUCCUCUGACACAUCAUUUAUUAUUUUUCAAAUUCAUGUCUAUCAAUAUAAUGUCACACUGUCAUAUGAUAAAGAUUACCUCAGUAAGGUUUCAAAUAGAAGCGUAUUUGGAUCAAAUAUUGGCCUUCUAUCUCGGCAAGCUACGACCGGAACAACGCAGCUGUUCGUAAAAAAUGAUAAUAUUCACGUCGUUGAGGCUCUUAUCGUUGCUGUCCUUUACCCUAGUCAAGCACCCGUACCGGGUGGAUGCAACAUGGAGUUCAAUACCAAGAUCGCGCCGUACAUGCACGUGCAGACACGCGACACGAUGGUGAUCGUGGAUGUGCAGCCCGCCUCGCAACCAUUCAAUGACACCAUGCGGCCGAUUUGCGAAAAGAACUUGGUGAAUCUCACGAUGUAUCAGAUGUUCUUAUCCGAGCAAGACUUCAGUGAUGAAGGUUACUUCGCGGCUAUUAUAAAGAUGCUGACUGUAGAGGAUAUCAAGAUGAACGGACAUGAGGUGGGGAGUCCUCUUCUUUCCACAAGUAUAAGACGAAUAUUCAGCGCAUACAUCGGAGUUCCCUCGGUUUACGUUGCAGUGGCCACUUAUGGGAACUAUUCCGCAGCCUAUGUGCCUAAUUUCUCCUAUGGCUGCAAUCCAGUAACCGAUCCUAGCUCGUGCAGCAUUUUAAGUACGACUUCUUACAAGGCCGUCAACGCCCUCUGUCUCAUCCUCGGAUUAUUAUUGAUAUAUCGAGGCCCCGGUUUCAUUGAAAUCGACGUAGUCAUGCCUGUAUUCUUCACUGGAACCGUGUUUGGUUACGCGAUAGUCGCGAACAUCGGGAUAUCCUUGUUAAUAGGUCUGGCAGUGGUGGUGCUAUGGACGAUAUUUUAUUUCUGCUGCCCUCUAAUCGCCAAGCUGGCAUACGCUAUGACACUAGGCCUGUUUCUCUCGUGCGUCACUUACUUCCAUUUGCCAGAUACAUUCAUAAUACUGCAACAGAAUUGGGUCUUCUGGUUACUGUUCUGGACCUUGACUAUUAGUAUAUCUAUAAGCUAUAUGAUAUGUUGUAGGAAUUUCAUUGUUAUUACUUCCAUAUUCACGUCCUUCAUUGUGGUGCUACCAAUUGAUUACUAUGCUGGCUCUUGUUUGAAAUAUAUUAUAAUAAAUGCUGUGAGGAGAGCCACUGUUCAAGAUUUUGGCUCAGCUGUUGUUCAACAUCCACUUCAGACUUGGGAUAUAUGCUUGAUCGUACUUUGGACGUGUUUGGCGGCGUGUCAUUUAUGCAGAUACAUAUUUAAAACUUAUCGAAAAGGCAAUGAAGAGGAAAGAAAACCAUUGUUAAGAUUCAACUUCAAUGUAAAAGAAACGCGACCGUUAGAGUGGAAGUAUCGAAGUUUCUGCACAGGAUUUUUACGCCCUAAUGUGCCGCACUAAAAACAACUAAAAAUUGGAAACUAUGUUUACACCUCAUAUACCUAUG